GAGCGCUUGAGAGGAGUUUGCAUCACUAUUGUAACACGUAGCUCACGUUCAGCUGGAGCCAUGCUCCUGUUUGGGCAGAAGAUUGAGCUCAAAGAAUUGUCAUAACGCGUCACCGAGUGGGCGUGGAUAAAAAAAAACAGGUCUUUAUAAACGAGAAGCUGCCAUUGAUUAGUGCUCAAGCUAUACAGGACGCCCUGGGCUAAUAAAUGCAAAAAGACAAGAGCACCCUACUUGAAUAAAUCAAAAUCAGACAACAUAAACCAUCCGAAAUGGACACCAUGUACGAAAUCAUCCCCUUCGCUAAGGAAAUGCUGGCGCAGAAGCCCAGCCGGCGCAUGUUGAAGGUGUACUUGGUGGGCUCCGUGAUUGCCUUCUUGGGAACGGUUCUGGGCCUGGUGGAAACAAUCUGCCAGCCCUUCUCCUCUGGGGAGCCGCUGGACGCCGAGCUGGCUCUGCUGAUAGCCCGGGAGCAGAAGACACUGGAGUUGGAGGAGGAAAGGAGACCGGAGGAGGUAGCAAUAGUUUCAGCCACCGAGCAGAUCACCAUUCCCAAGAAGCUGCAACAGGCUACGGGGGUUCAGAGAUGCGCUGGUGCUGUCAACCGACUGCACGCCGCGUAAUGAGCGUCCAAGGGCCAGCGCCAAAAACACUGUUACAUAUUUAAAAGAAACUGUAUUAGUCCUUCCCACGCCAAAUACGGUGCGCUACAUACGCACUCGAAAUAGCUACACAAGAGGAAUGAAUGGCAACCUCCAAGCAGUCAACAGAAAAGUUGUCUGACUGGGUUUAACUGCGCUUCGCUGCUUUGGGUAGCCCACGUUGACGGGUCAGGUGGAAUCCCACAAGCUUAAGUUUGAGUCCCGGGUGGAAGGAAGGCGAAAGAUCCGCUGUCGGACUCACUGUCGGCUAAUGAGAGCUCGCAGGGCCGCUGCUGUGCAGGCAAUGGCAUAGCUCAAGCUGCCCGGUUCCAUCCAUGUUACAAAAAUGUAACUUUUGGGAUGAGACUUUUAAAAGUGCUAUUUUGUCACUGCUGUAAAUAUAUUAAUGUUUUGAUACUCAAUAAAUUAUUUGUAUUCACAAUGUC